AUGACCAUUAAGGGGUUAAUACGAUUUAUAAAUAAGAAAAUUCCUAAUACUAUUAAAAAAAUAGAUGAUAUAAAAAGUUUUAAGGGUAAAAAAUUUAUAAUUGAUGGAACAUUUUUUAUUUAUAAAUUUAUGUAUGUUGCUUGGAAACAUAUAUUAAAUGAUAAAAAUCGUGAGAAUAAAUAUAAAAAUAAUGAAUUAUCUACUCAUAUAUUAAUUCGACAGUACAUCAUUAAGAAAAGCAUAGAAUUAUUAAAGAAUCAAUAUGAAUAUUUUAAAUCUCUAAAAAUUAAUACACUUUACAUAAUUGAAGAUAUUGGUGCUAGAUCUGAGUUACAGCCCAUUGAUUACAAAUGUAAAAAACAUGUAUGGAAAGAAAGAAAUUCUAUAAGAAAAAAAAAAAAUUUAUUUGAUAUUUUAAAUUUAGAUUCGUCAAAAUAUUGUAUUAUUAAAAAUACUGAGGGCAUAAAUGACAAUGCUUUAAAUAAUUGUUACAUUAAAAAGAAUAUCAAUAUGAAUAAGUUUUUGAAUGAUAAAAAAAGUAGCAUAUGUAACAUAUGUGAAAAAAAGAACUUCAAGAAAUGUAAAAUGGAAGUUGUAGACGAAGAUGAUGCUCAUGAUAUAUUUAAAAAAAAUAUAUUUAUAAAAAUUAAUUCUAAAACAGCUAAUGAUAUUUAUAAUUAUUUAUUAUUAGAAAAAAUUCCAAUUUUUAUUACAAAAAAUGAUGCAGAAAAGGAGUGUGCAAUUCAAUGUUCUCAUGAAAAAGACAUCGUUGUGUCAGAUGACACUGAUGCAUUAGCUUUUGGAGCUCCUAAUUUAAUAAGAUUCAUAACAAAUAAAAAAAAAAGACACAUUAUUAAUAAAGAAGAAUUAUUAAGUGAAUUAAAUAUAAAUUAUGAACAGUUCAUAGAUUUUUGUAUUUUAUCAGGUUGUGAUUAUAGUGCAAAAAUUCCUGGUAUUGGCCCUGUAAAAGCACAUGAAAUUAUAAAAAAAUACAAAACAAUAGAAAAUUUUUUGGAAUCCAAAGCUUUUAAUAAAUAUAAAAAUUCCAAGUUAUUUAAUGAAAAAUUAAAUGGAAUAUCUAUGUCAUUAAAUGAUUAUAUUAUAAAUGAAUUUACUUUUGAACAAGCAAGAAAAGUUUUUUUUAAUUCUUACUAA